AUGAGCUCUUAUGUUGACAGCUGCAAUCUCAGGCAAACAAGCGAGACAACUUCUCCUAACACUAUGUUUAGUUUCGACCUUUCUGGGCGCGCGUCCAGCCGCUAUGAGGGUGUUAAUGUGAACGGGAUAUUCACGUGUCCCGUCCCCACGACCUCUGUUGAACGGGAGGAGAUGAAAACUAGCCUGCGUGGCAAUACGGAUAUUCCUCUCCCGUCAGGACCACAGAUAACCAUGGUCUCCAGUAGCUCGUCUGUGAACGCCAGCGGUCUCAACUACGGCAGCAGCACGCUGCUGGGACGAGUGGCAGAAAGAGACCCGGAGAGGAGCGCAAAAUCCGUCGGCAACAAGAGCCAGGAGAGCGAGAGAAACGCGGAGCACACGCAAACGGUGAAACGACACACAAAUGUGAACCAGCGUCAGGACAGUGAGCAGCAGCCACAGAUUUAUCCAUGGAUGACAAAACUGCACAUGAGCCACGAAUCGGAGGGCAAGCGGUCCAGGACCAGUUACACCCGCUACCAGACUCUGGAGCUGGAGAAAGAGUUUCACUUCAACCGGUACCUGAGCCGCCGCAGGCGCGUAGAGAUCGCCCACACCCUGUGUCUAAACGAGAGGCAGAUCAAAAUCUGGUUCCAGAACAGACGAAUGAAGUGGAAGAAGGACUCAAAGAUCAAAGUGAAGGAAUAA